CAUAACCAGAUACUCAAAGUACUAUCGCAGCAGACGAGUUUUCCUUUUUGAUCACAGAAGAUUUUUGCGUUUUUAAGCACAAAAUGGGAGCUGUAUUAGGUGCAUUAGGAAGCUGUGCUGCUUUCUCGUCGUGUGCCUCUUGUGCCAGUUCGUUAGCUCCAGUGGUAAGUAACUUCUAAGUCCGCCAUGUUUUCCAGAUGGUAUAGUCUGAUAGCUUGGUAGAAACCAAGAUUUUCAGGACUGAUGACCCUACUUUUACAUCCUCAAAAGUUCACUACAGAUUCUUCACUUACCCCCAUUCUUCCUAUGCAAUUUAGAGGCUAAUUACUUAUACUUUUUAAAUACGAUUGCCUCGGCAAUAUUUGACAAAUUAUUGACUAAGCUCUUGUCGAAAAGUUAUGACUAUAGCUAAUCGUACAGAUGCAUUCGUACAUUUCACCAUUAGGUGAGAGAUAUUGAGUCCGGAAUGUCACAAUUCAGCACGAUUUUCCUUUUAGAUAACUUGUAAAAAAUUCCAAAGGGUUGACUUUCCAUUUCUUUUUUGCUGAAAACUGUGUCGAAUCCCUCCAGGCGGCGUGUUGUUGUGGCUCAUCAGCUUGUUUUUGUUGCUGUGUUCGAUGUCCGUCAUGCAAAAACUCCACAGCAUCCAGGAUUGUUUACACAAUAAUUCUCUUCCUGGGAACAGUCUUGUCUGCCGUCAUGCUUGCCCCUGGCAUUGUUGAAAAAUUGGAGAAAAUUCCACGUUUCUGUGAUCAUGUUCCAGAGUCAAACUGUAAUAGUCUGGUGGGAUAUUUGGCAGUGUAUCGAGUGUGUUUUGCAAUGGCAGCAUUCUUCCUCUUAAUGGCAGUCUUGAUGUUUAAAGUCAAGAAUAGCAGUGAUCCCAGGGCCAAAUUUCAAAAUGGGUGAGUUAGUCAAUCUAAUACUUACAGUACUAUUUUAUACUUGUGAUUUAAAUGUAUAAUGUGCAAUUAAUUUCAAGGACAAUGUCCAAGUAGGAGGAAAUACUUGCUUGAUAUUACAACAAUUAGCCAUAUUAUCUACUAGAACUUUUUCUAUCAAAGGGUUUCUAGGAGUUUGGUCAUAUUCCUUGUGGUAUCUUUGAUGAUUAUACUCAGGAGCACUCAUUUUGUUCAUGUGUGGUGUGACUGUUUCUAGCUUGUUUUCUGUUUAAUUAACAAAAGUGAAAAUUAGGGUUUCAGUGUUAACAAGGAAGUGAUUAUUUUCCUCUUUGGCAAGCUUAGACUAUUAAGAACAGCUAACAUCUGAAUUUAAAUCUUAGGAUGGAUCUUUCUUAUUCUAAUGUUUUUAUUUCUCAGGUUCUGGCUUAUCAAGACUGUUCUUGUUAACGCACUAAUAGUCGCAGCAUUUUACAUUCCUAAAGGAAACUUUGGAGUUGGUAAAUAUCAGAUAAUGUAACCUUGUUUAUACAGAGUUUGACUGUGACCACAAACACAACCUUUGUGACUUGUAGCUGGCAAGGUCACAUAAAACCAUCAUUGAUACACAGUAGAGUAGAUUGGGCUGUAACAAGUGAAUUUUAAGACAUACUUUGUGUGAAACUGGCCUUUAAGUUUCUUCUACAGCUAACCUCUGCAUCUUUCUAAGUAUAUAAACCAAUUUCCAGCCAGAUUUGAUGUCAGCAGAGUUGUACAAAUUCCUUUUCUAUAAAUCUCUGUGAAUAUGGCUGGUCAUGUCUGUUGCUAUAUCUGUGAUACUGGGUAAACUCUUUAUCAGCAGACUCAAGAAAGCAUUCCUUAGUAUUUCAGCUUGGAGAUCAGUGUAAUAGUUUCAGAACUGUUGUUUGUAAUUACACAGCUUUGUUGCAAAAUUUUACAGGAAAAGAAAAGAGAUGAAAACAAGUCACAUUUUUUGAUGAAAUGUGUGUUUCUGUUGUUCUGAAAAAAACCAAACAAAACAAAGAAAAAUAUUUCCUUUAGAAUCUUUUAUGAGGUUGCCUCACUAAUGCCCAUUUAUCGUUUCCUAUUUAGGUUGAAACAAAAUUUUCAAAAUUUCAACAUGUCAUGACCUUGAGCCAAGGGUUUUCCUGUGCAGCCCUCCCACCUGGUCAAUAAGUACAUGUGAUGUUUUGUGCAGGGUAUCAGACAAUCUUGGUUCAAUCUUUGGUUUAACCCAAGUAGUUCACUUAACUCACAAACCUUUGACUUCUUCAGAUGUGCAAAUUUCACCUUUUCAUGUUUUUUCAACUCAAUUAUUUAUAUUUACUGUACAUAUUUAUUAUACUCAUUGUAAAUAUUUACCUAUAUGUGCAUAUUGAGCUGUGUUUGUUUAGGUCUGUUUUCUAAAUGUCUAUGGAUGAAUACUCGUUGUUCUGACUUUGUAAACUUUGUCUUUAGCAUGGAUGUAUUUUGGAAUGGUUGGUGGCUACCUGUUUAUUUUGCUACAGUUGAUCUUACUGAUUGAUUUUGCCCACAACUGGAGUGAAUCUUGGUAUGUAACAAGGACUUGACUUAUUGAAAAUGAACAGAAAUACUAUCAGUGUCUUCAGUCCUACUAUUAAAUUUAAUUUAAGAUUUACUGACUGAUAUAAUGCAUGUGUCAAACUACUUAAAACUAGAAUGUUUUUGCAACUCCACUUGCUUCAAAAACUAUGCCAAUAGUUCUGUGUCACAAAAACUGUAAUGAAAGGAUGAUUGUACAUGAAUGAGACAGUCAAAGUCUUUGUUCUACGUGCUGACAAGUUAAAUUGCAUGACCAGUUAUGUUUGGCUGUUUGUUUCCAUCAGAGUUUGGCAAGGCAAAAAAUUGGUAAUGAGGCUUUAAACUGCAAAAAUUUCAUGAAAUUCUAGUCGAGUUUCAACAAUAAAUUAAUCAAAUUGUCAUGUUGAAGUGUCCUCAUUGGAGGGCAGUACUAUCACACCAACACCAGGAUACUUAAGUGCCAAUACAUGCCUACCUUAUCAUGGGUCACCCAGGAGUUCAAUUCUAUUAUUUUUCAUUCUGCUUUCACUAGGAUGGCCCUAGUUUAUUAAAAAUACAAUGAAACCCUUGAUGUUAUUUGCUCAAAAUUAUAGUCUCCGCUUGGCAGUGCAAGUUUCCCAGCUUGCCUUUGAUUAUAAAUUUAACAUUAAGACUGAAGCAAUUCAUUUUGUUGAUAUUUAGGGUUGAGAAGUAUGAGACAACAGGAAAUAAAAGGUGGUACUGGGGUAAGUACACUUAAAGGGAGAAUUCUGAUCAAAUAGGAAAAGUGCUUAUUAAUUCUUUUACAGGUCAUCAAUAUUAAUUUGUGUCUCAUUUUGGUUGUAGCUCUCGUAUUAGUCACCAGUGGGAUAUAUGUUCUGGCAAUUGGGGCUGUUGUUUGCUUUUUCUUGUUUUUCACAGAGGUAUGUGGGAAAAUCAAUCAAGGUACUGCUUAUCAAUUAGUCUUGCUUUAAUUGAAAUGUACUAAUACAGAAGAUUUAAAGUAUUUGUGUCACAAAUCUUGUACUUGGAAUUACGGAGUUUAAAAUGAACCACUUGUAGUUUUAAUUGUCAUGAAACAUGGAGGCUAGCCUUUAUUGUUUACAUGUAUUUCUGUUUCCAGCCUUCAGGGUGCAAGAACAACAAGUUCUUUAUCAGCUUAAACCUUGUGCUAUGUUUCCUGGUCUCCAUGGUUGCAAUUCAUCCCAAAGUUCAGGAAUGUAAGUUAAGAACCACUCUCUGCCUUUAGAGAUGUUAUUGAGUUCAAGAUGAAAGGAAAACCACAAGCAAGAGUAAUUAUCCCUAAGGCUUUAAAACAUUUUGCUCUCAGUGGAUUUAAAAUAAUAUACUUGUAACUGAUAGGUAUUGUAUCAAAACUGAUUGAUUUUUUUUUCCAUCUAUUUAAAUAAUGUGGGAAGACAUCAAAGUCUUUCUUAGCAGAAUUGGUUCCAUCAAUGUUAAGGUGGACAACAACAUGUCUUAUCAUUUGAUUGCUAAUUUUUGGUUCUGUACCAGGUCAACCCAGUUCUGGUCUGUUACAGGCAGCCGUUAUUACUUUGUACACUAUGUAUCUGACUUGGUCUGGCAUGUCCAAUGAACCUGGUAUGGUGCUACUUGAUAAAUACUCAACAAUUUUAUUGAUCUACUCUUCUUGCACAGUACAUUUAACUCUUCCUGAUCUUGACUUGAACAAACAAUAUAUAUGAUGCCAAACAUUGUGUGCUAGAUGAUAUCAAAUAACUUGUAUUUUAACAAUCAGUUUGUUUUCCCCUUGACACAAUCAGCACAUCCUAUAAUGGACACAGACAGGUUUGAGGCUAACACUUGAUCUUCUGUUGUAAUUCAUGUUGUUACAAUUGUCUUUUGUUGUUUUCCUAGAUGGCAUGUGUAACCCAAGUGGUUCACUUAUCUCCAGUGAUAAUCUGGCACCUGGGCUAGGCAAUGGGAGGACAUUCAUUGCUGCAGUGCUGAUGUUUGUUAUGGUUGUGUACUCUUGGUAUGUAAGGAAGUUUACCAUGACUUAUGAUUAAUUAGUAGAUUGUGAGCUCAAAAUUUCUAUUGUGUGAUAGUUGAUGAGGGCAAGGCCUGAUUCAACAAUUUCUAACAAAGAACAAGGGAAUUAUUUAAUUUUUUUAGCAUAAAUUGUUAGUUUUGUUCCUUGCAAUAAGGUUUAGUAUAGCCCUGAGAUUUAAAUGUGACAAAGAAUCAUUUAUUUAGUGUUUUUCUUAGUCUCGUUUGCUUGGAAAGAUUGAUGGAGUGCACUUUUUUAAUCCAAACAAUAUUGAAUUUUGUAACUUUUUGUUUGAUUGUUUUUUUUAGUUUAAAAACAACCAGCUCAAACCCUCUCACAGCCAGUAGCAGCAUGGAGGUUUGUGGGUUAUGUUUUUAAUUGUUUAUUUUGGCUACUGGCUCCCAUAGGAGGCAAAGCUACAUAAUAUUAUGUUAUUGAAAGGAGCAAGUGACACUAAUGAUAGAAUACCAAACUUCUUAUGAUUUGAUCUGAUGUCACUAAUUGUUUGUUUGGAGGAUCCAAAGAAAGAGGAGUGCCUUGUGAAACACAUUAUUUUAUGCCCAAAAGACCCAGGUUCUAAUUUUUUCAGUUGUUGAUGUGACACUAUAGAAGGUAAACAGAAGACAAGAAACAUCUCACAAUCAUUUGAGGAUGGCUUAAAAUUUUGGACAAAACUUUUCCUUGCAGAAAUAUCUCGAGAGGUGUGAUUGGCACAUCAUGUAGACAUGCAGGAAAUUUUUUUUUCCUCAGAAGAGAGAGCAUUUUACCAUUUGAAUCAGCAAAUUAUGUCUAGUAGAUCUGAAGAUAUAAGGACAAUCAUUUGAGGACAAUCAUCUCAAAAUUAUCACAGUGGCAUCCACUGACCCGUAAUUUAAAUCAAAACUUUUGCUUGCAUAAAUGAUCUGCUCAUCAGGGAAAAGUUGAGGAAUGUUUGUUGUCCGUGAAAUGAGGGCAUUUUACUGUUUGAAUUACUGACUUAUGCUCAAAAGAGCUGCCACAUUUGGGAAGCAAGCAAGCUGCAAAAGAUGAUACUUUCAAUUUACAAGGAGACCCUGUUCAAUGGAAUGAAAGAGUGGUGGAACAGCAGAAUGGCAGAAUAUCUGAAAACAGAGAAUGCCUUGUUGUAUGAAACUAAAGUCUCACAAAAAUGGAAUGAUUAACUGAUGAUUAACUCAUUGUCAUCGGAUCUGGAUGAUAUUUUGAUUACUUUCUUUAUAUCAAUCUUUUUAGGAGACACUUCUUCCAGAUUACUCUCAAGGUUGGUGCUGAGCCAUAUUUUUCUUUUUGUUUGCUGUGUGGAAAUAAAAAUUAAGCAUAGUGGAUUGUUUUUAAUGACACCUUUUAGAAAGGCUGAAUCGACGCUAGACAUAUAGGAGGAUGUAGGGUUUAUUUCAGAAUUAAUCAUUUGUAAAUGAAUGUAACUUUAGUUCAUAGACACAACAACCAAGGCUGAGAUGCCUACACAUCAAAUUAGUGGUAUCCUCAGCCAGGUUGUGAGCUGUUUUUUCCUUUUCCACCAGGUUGUGAGCUGUUCUGUUUCCACCUUUUCUCUAAGUCCCUCAGGUUCUUUUUUGAUUGAAAUUCUCUACCUUUUCUUAUUUCCUUCUAUUUUCUCAUAAGAUGCGGAGAGUGGAAAUGCUACAAAUGAUGAAAACAGGGUGAAAAUCCAGCGUGUUUAUGAUGAUGAGAGCACAGCUGUGACUUAUAACUACAGUUUCUUUCACUUGACCUUCACCUUGGCCUCACUGUAUAUUAUGAUGACACUUACCAACUGGUACAGGUAUGUACACCGUGUAAUUUGUUUACAUUAUAAAUCUGUGAGCUUUUCUCUUGUUUAUUCAGUAACUAAGGUUAAUACCUCCAUCAGUUACAUUGUUUAUUAUCUCUUCAUUUUUCCUGUAAUGUUUGUUCAGUCCUGAGGGUUCUGACUUCAUUGCUAUAGCCAUAACACAGUUAUGUAGUUUGUCAUUUCUCUGAUAAUGAUAUUUUACUAAAAAAAAGGCAAUGACUUCAAUACCCUGUCUAAGGAUGAGUUCAAUCAUUUUUCUUUUGAUUCCUCUUUUUUCAGCCAAAAGCCUGACUGUUCACUCCAUUGAUUUAUAUAUCUGUAUUUUUUUCUCAGCCCAGAGGGUUCUGACUUUACCACCCUGACUAGUAACUGGGCCACUGUGUGGGUCAAAAUCAGCUCCAGCUGGGCAUGUCUUGCUCUUUAUCUCUGGACUUUGCUAGCCCCAGUCUUGCUCCCAGACAGGGACUUUGGACAUUAAACAACCCAUGCUUUGGAGCAGACAUCCACUGCAGCUUUGUAAAAUUACAGUUAAAUUUGGGUUUUCACUGAGAAAAUUGACACUAUUAAUACUUGUGAAGUAAUUUGAACAAUACAUGUGUUAUAUUCUCACUGUUUUGCUUCACAAUUUAUAUUAACCCUUUUACUCCCAAGAUCUCAUUUGUAAUUCUCCUUACUGUCUGCCAUACAGUUCUUGGGAUGUUAGUUUGAAGAGUUUGGUAUUGGAUCAAGUUUUAAUCCCCUAGUUGGUAUUUUUCUUUAUUCUCAGUACUUUUCUGCAAGAUAUUGUAUGAAUAUUGUAAAGAGAAAUUCUGUCUUAAUCACUCAUGAGAGCUAAAGGGUUAAGGGAGUUAUUAAAGCACACAAUAAGUAAACUUCAAAGUACAUAGAUUUGCUUUCUAAUCUGUUGUAGAUAAAUAAAUUAAAAAAUUAUUGUUUAACAUCACCUUUUUAUUCAUGUUUGAUACUGCUUUUUGUUUUUGUUUUUUAAUUUACAAUUGAUACAAGUAGUAGCAUAUACAGUGAUAUAGUGAUGUACUGUUUAGCUGUGUGUGAAAUGUCUGAAGAUAAAUUGAACUUCUUUAGGAUAACAAAAGAAUUUUGAAUUCAAAGUUUCCUUCAUCACUAAGGCUUGGAUAGGUCAUAAAGAAGAUCUGCAAAACUCUUAGUUUUAAUUAAGUUACUCUGUUUACAUAAGCUUUUGAUUAAGACUUGAGAUACUUGAUGUUCAGUACCUUUUAUAUUGAUAGCGAUCUGGGAUAUAGCUCACUCAAAUAUAAAUGAAGGUUAAGCUUGGUUUGAUAGUCACCUUGGUUACUUACUAUUAACGCAGAAGGGCUUGAGAUUUUGAAUGAAGGCCAGGAGCGUUGAAUCCUUGCGUAGGGAAAAUUUGACUUUCAUAGUCCUUCAAUUAGUUUUUAUUCUGUUUAGUUUUCUCAGUGGAUGUGAGCAAGCUCAAAACCUUUUCCUUGUUCUGUAAACUAAAGUUCAGCUAUAAAAUGUCUACAAAUGAAUUGGUAAACAAGUUGGACUGAUCAAUGGGUAGUACCUGGUCUAUUUUUAGACGCCUCUAUAUCUGAGUGGACUGUCCGUGAAGUUAAUGUUUGACUAAUUUUGGAUUUGAAAAAUGGAGCCAUCUUGUAAGUUAAAGUGUUGUGGAAUGAAUUAAAGCUGUUAGCACCCAUAGCGUUGUGAGAUAGUGCUCUUAAAGACUGACGG